AUGGCCGGCGCCCGGGGAGACUUCCACGGCACCAUGCGCGCCUUCUUCGACCGGAACCUCCGGUUCUGGCACCGCAGCUGGCUGGAGGAACGGCGACGGAGGCGGCAGCGGCGGCGGCAGCGGCGGAGAUCCAGCGGCGGCGGGGGGGUAGAGGGGGGGGACGGUAUGGACGUAUCUGACGAUGAUCUUGGUGCGGGGGAGGAGAACCGCGGUAGUGAUGGCGAGGGGGAAGAGGAGUCGACGGGCCGAGAAGCCGGAGGCGGGGGCACUGAUGGCGCCGCUACCGAGGUCGCGGGUUCUUCGGACAAGGUGGAGAAGGAGGAGGAGGAAGAGGAGGAGGAAGAAGAAGAGGAGGAGGAGGAAGCAGAAGAAGAAUCAGACGUUGGGGAGGAAGACGACGGGGACGAUUUUUCCGACAUGAGCCGAGAGGAGCUGUCGGCGCUGUGGGGCGUGCUGAGGCGGCUGGGCUGGUUCUCCCUUCUGCAGGACGCCUUUUCCGGGGUCAUGUUCUCCAACGUGCUGGCCUACGUCAGGAGGAGCGGCGGCGGCGGCGGCGGGGUCCCCGUCGACGGAAGUUCCGCCGCGUACGGCUGGAAGCAGCGGCUCGGUCUCGCGGUUCACGAGGCGUUUUGCUCGGCGAGGAUAGCGGAGCUGUUUGACAUCAUCGCCGACUACCCGGAUAGUGGCGUGGCGAUCGGGGAGCUGAAGACCGCCCUGGGGGUUACGCAACAGCACCAGAGGCUGGCGGUGCUGUUGCGCGAGAGCGUGAGGAGGCGUUUGUUACACCCGGGGGCCAACACGCACCAGAUCAUGGACGUUUACAUCGCCACCAUCAAGGUCCUUCGCAUCCUUGAUCGGAAGGUGUGUGUGUGUGUGGGGGGGGGGGCGGGAGCCGGUUGUGAUGGGGGGUAG